AUGGAUCCUCGCCUCAGCAAACAUUGGGACGUUUUACUUUUUAGUUUCGCCGUUUUAAGCGUCCUGCAUGGCUCCGCGGGGGAAAUCCCAGGUCGACCCACGACGGGUGGUGGUGUCACGGUUCUACCACCGGUGGAACCGGACGGGCCCCAGGCCUACCCGGAGCCCGAAAAGGACAAUUUACCCGUGUUCACAAUGGACUACCCGAGGAUCCAAAUCCCUUUUGAGAUCACUCUGUGGGUGCUGCUAGCCUCUUUUGCCAAGAUUGGCUUCCACGUGUACAACAAGAUCACCAUAUGGGUGCCGGAGUCAUGCCUCUUGAUCAGCAUCGGUCUCAUCGUGGGCGCCAUCAUGCACUCAGUCAACGAGGAGCCCCCCGCCGUUCUCACCACCAACGUCUUUUUCCUCUACAUGUUGCCCCCCAUAGUCCUCGACUCUGGUUACUUCAUGCCCACCAGGCCUUUUUUUGAGAACAUUGGCACGGUGCUGUGGUUUGCGGUAGUGGGCACACUGUGGAACAGCAUCGGUAUCGGCAUGUCGCUGUUCGCCAUAUGCCAGAUCGAGGCAUUCGGCGUGCAGGACAUCAACCUGCAGGAGAACUUGCUGUUCGCUGCCAUCAUAUCUGCCGUGGACCCCGUGGCGGUGCUGAGCGUAUUCGAGGACGUAUCGGUCAAUGAGCAGCUCUACAUCGUGGUGUUCGGGGAGUGCCUGUUCAACGACGCCGUCACAGUGGUGUUGUACAACAUGUUCACCUUUGUGGCGGAAAUGCCAGUGGUGGAGCCGGUGGACGUGUUCCUGGGCGUGGCCCGCUUCUUUGUGGUGGGCUUGGGCGGGAUGGGAUUCGGCGUGCUGUUCGGUUUCGUGGCCGCCUUCACCACCAGGUUCACCUCCAAGGUGCGGGAGAUCGAGCCUCUCUUCAUCUUCAUGUACAGCUACCUGGCCUACCUGGUUGCCGAGCUUUUUGCUAUCUCCUCCAUCAUGGCCAUCGUCACGUGCGCGCUCACCAUGAAGUACUACGUUGAGGAAAACGUCUCGCAGCGGUCGUGCACGACAAUCCGCCACGUGGUCAAGAUGCUGGGCUCUAUCUCAGAAACGCUCAUCUUCUUCUUCCUGGGUGUGGUCACCAUUACCACAGAGCAUGAGUGGAACUGGGGCUACAUCCUCUUCACGCUGCUCUUCGCCUUUCUGUGGAGAGGUCUUGGUGUGUUGGUGUUGACCCAAAUCAUCAACCCUUUCCGCACCAUCCCUUUCAACCUAAAGGAUCAGUUUGGUCUGGCCUACGGUGGCCUGCGAGGGGCCAUUUCAUUCGCCUUGGCCUUCACUCUGCCGGACAACAUUGGGCGCAAACAGCUCUUUGUCACCGCCACCAUCGCCAUCAUCAUCUUUACAGUCUUUCUCCAGGGUAUCAGCAUCCGGCCUUUGAUCGAGUAUAUAAACGUGCGCAGAACCAACCGCAAUCUGGACACCAUCAAUGCUGAAAUUCAUUGCAGGCUGAUGGAACACACGAUUGCAGGCAUUGAGGAUCUUUGUGGACAGUGGAGUCAUUUCUAUUGGAAGGACAAGUUCAUGAAGUUCAACACUCGCAUUUUGCGCCGGAUCCUGAUCCGCGACAACCGUGCCGAGUCGAGCAUCGUGGCACUGUACAAGAAGCUGGAGCUCCAGAAUGCCAUGGAGAUCCUGGACACUGUGUCGGGAGACAUCAGCGCCGCCCCAUCUAUUGUCUCUCUGCAUGAGGAAAAGAAAGCUCCCGCUAAACCCAAGAAGAAGUUCCUGGCUGCUGACCUGAGGAGCAUGCAUGACAUUCUGGCCAAGAACAUGUAUAAAAUCAGACAGAGGACGACAUCAUACACCAGCAAGCACGCGCUGCCCAACGACAGCCGCACAAGAGAGAUUCUCAUCCGUCGCCAUUCCAGCAUCCGACGCAGCCUCCGCCCAGGAAGCUUCCAAACGGCGGUGCUGCCCAAAUCACACAAGUACUUCUCUCUUCCUGCUGGGAAGAACCUGGAUUCUAAUUUCCCACCUGUCAGGCAGCGCGGCAUUGAUGAUCACGAGACUAUGUCGGAGAUUUCUUUCCCCGCCAAGCACGCUCGCUUCGUAUCACCGUCGCGCGCUUCAUCCAAGGCAGCGCUUCCUUUGCGCCGGUUGGACACGCUAGAAGAAGUUCCUUCCGUGGACUUCUUGGACGAAAGACGGGCCCGGAGAGGAUUGCCUAGGACACAUUCCUCCUCUAGUGAGCCUCGACGCCAUGCAGAAAAAUCUGAAAAAGAAAACGAGGACAAUGGUGGUUCCUCUGUGCCACCGGUCUGGGCCGCAGAACCGCGAGACGGCACCACACGGAAUCCUCUGCUCAGAAGGCCGCAGUGGAACCCCAAAAAUUAA